CACGGUCGGGGCGGCGCUCUGGCCGCCGAGCGCCGCCGCUCCUUCCGCCUUCCCGGCGGGCCCCGCGCGGCGCUUGCGCUUUCGGUGACCUUUCCAAGCGGCUGGGAGUGGGCGCCGCGGCGGCCUGAGCCAGGGGUCUUCGGCAAGAUGCUUCAAAGCUUUAUUAAAAAUGUUUGGAUCCCCCUGAAGCCCUACUAUACCCAGGUUUACCAGGAGAUUUGGGUAGGAAUGGGGUUGAUGAGUGUCAUCAUUUAUAAAAUCAGGAGUGCUGAUAAAAGAAGUAAAGCCUUGAAAGCGUCAAGUCCUGCGCCUGCCCACGGCCACCACUGACCGGCUGUACUUGGAGAGCGUGGCACGGAGCGUCCGUCUGGUGUGCGUCUCAGCAUGCUGUUAGUGGGGAACGUGGAGCCCCUGCACACACUUACAGACAUGUUAUGUCCUGUGUGGCGUGAAUAAAUGUCACUGAGGUGCACCA